UGUAAUCCCCCCUGAAUGAGAUUAUCCCCGUGUGGAAACAGUGGGCCAGGGUGGGCAGGGCACUCCCAUCAGCUGUGUGUCUAAGACGGAGCCCAUUGAACCCCUGCCACUAAUCUCUGUACACAGACACACCUUGACAGCCUGCAUAUAAACCCAGCCCCGACUGGGCUUCAGCAUCCGUCCUUAGUGAGACAAGUGAAGGCUCACAUCAUCACCUUCAGACAAAAAUGGACUGCAAAGCAACAGUUUCUCUUCUUCUCCUCCUGCUGGGCAUCAGUAAUGCUCACCACGGAAAUGAUCAUGGUGCUGAUAAUGAGAUCCCAGCAGAUAGGUCUGCUAUGGAGGACAUUACUGCAACUAUUCUGAGAAUGAACAAUGGAUCUAGUAACUUCAUGCUGGAAGGAGACAUUUUGAUGCCAAGAAGCAGGACUGCUAUGAAGUGCUUAAAUGAAAAAUAUUCCUGUCUGUGGCCAAAGUCUCCUAACGGGAUUGUGGAAAUCCCUUUCCUUAUCAGUGAAAAAUAUGAUGACUCUGAGAGGAGUCUGAUAUUAACUUCCAUGAAGGACUUUGAAACAAAAACCUGCAUUCGCUUCAUCCCACGCUGGAGUCAGGUGGCAUACUUGAACAUUGAACCAAGAUUUGGCUGUGCCUCUCUGCUGGGUUAUGUUGGAGACAAGCAGGGGCUGUCACUGCAGAGGUUUGGCUGCGUACAAAAAGGCAUCAUCCAGCAUGAGCUGCUCCACGCGCUGGGUUUCUACCAUGAACACACUCGGAGUGACCGUGACCAGUAUGUCAAAAUCAACUGGGAAAACAUACAUGAAUACUUUGCCUACAACUUCGAUAAGAAGGACACGGAUAAUCUCAACACUCCGUAUGACUACUCCUCUGUCAUGCACUAUGGAAAAACUGCCUUUGGAAUUAAUGGAUUGGAAACCAUAACUCCCAUCCCUGACCCCUCUGCUCCCAUCGGCCAGAGGAACGGCCUGUCUGACAUUGACAUUCUCAGGAUCAACAGGCUCUACCAGUGCUGGAAUUACUUCAAGUAGAGGAUUACAGCAGUAUCUUUUGAUUCUCACACUUGACACAUUAAUUUGACACUC